CACAAUUUCAGUAAACAAAACAAUCAACACGUGCAAACAAGAGCUUUAUUUUCAUUCCGGACUAAAUUCGCGGCAAAUUUACUUCGCGUUGUUGAUUUUUUCGGGCGCGUUUCGAGUUUUUUUCUACCGUCGAUUUUUGGUAAAACAUUUUAUUGUGCUUGCUAGUGUUAAUUAUUCGAAAAAAAUGCCGGUCGUAGAUCCUUCAAAUUUAGUCAAACUGCAGAAAAACAUUGAACUUGUGCGAAACAUUUGCAUUUUAGCCCAUGUCGACCAUGGGAAGACCACCUUGGCUGAUUCAUUGGUGGCCAGUAAUGGUAUUAUCUCUCAACGUAUGGCUGGAAAACUGCGUUACUUGGACAAUCGUCAAGAUGAGCAGGAGCGUGGCAUCACCAUGAAGAGCAGCAGCAUUUCUUUAUACUAUCAAAGUUUGGGCAAUAAUGCAAAGGACUUUCUCAUAAAUCUUAUUGACUCGCCUGGCCAUGUGGACUUUUCCAGUGAGGUGUCUACUGCGGUGCGUUUAUGUGAUGGUGCCAUUGUUGUGGUUGAUGUGGUAGAGGGUGUUUGUCCUCAAACACGGGCCUGUUUGCAGCAAGUCUAUGUCGAACAAUUGAAACCGGUUUUGGUGCUCAACAAAAUCGAUCGUCUGAUUAUGGAGAAGCAAAUGACACCUUUAGAUGCCUAUUUUCAUAUACUACAGGUGCUGGAGCAAGUCAAUGCUGUAUUGGGUAGCAUAUUUGCUUCAGAUGUCCUGGCAAAAGAGGACAUAACGCACAAAGAUAAUUACGAGUCGGCCUUGGAAGAAAGUGAUGACUCCACUCUGUAUUUUACACCGGCAUCGGGAAAUGUUGUGUUCUGUUCGGCCUACGAUGGCUGGGCAUUUGGAGUACGGGAAUUCGCUGUUACAUAUGCCGAGAGAUUGGAAAUGUCGGUGCAAGAUUUGGAACAAGUUUUGUGGGGUGACUAUUACUAUCAUGCAAAGAAAAAGUGUGCCUUGCCGGGGGCUCAGGAAAAGGCCAAGAAGCCCAUGUUUGUACAAUUCAUAUUGGACAACAUUUUCAGUCUAUACGAUACCAUUGCGAUACGUAAGGAUAAGGAUAAGAUACCAGUUAUUGCCGAAAAAUUGGGCAUCAAGCUACAAGCCCGGGAUCUGCGAGCUGGCGAUGCCAAAGGUCAAAUUAAAACUGUGCUAGGACAAUGGCUACCCAUUGAUCGCUGUAUAUUGGAAAUGGUUGUUCGCCAUGUACCUGCGCCCAACACCAUAAGCGAUGAACGCGCUCAACGUCUCCUCUAUCCCGAAAAUGUAGAUCUCAAUACAUAUCCCCCCGAAUCGUUGGCCUUGAAAGAGGAAUUUAAACGUUGUGAAGCCAGUUCCGAAAAUGUUGUUGUCUUUGUAUCGAAAAUGACUCCGGUUCAUGUGCAAAGUUUGCCUCAAAAUAAACCUAAACGCUUAACGGAAGAAGAACUACAAACGCGGCGCGAUGAAGUGCGUAAACGCAUUGAGGAACGUAAACAAUUGGCCACUCAAAUGGCGGAAGGGGUAGAAAAUAUUACCACAGGUGUGGAGCAAAUGUCUGUGAAAGAAAUGCAGCAAGCUGAGGAGAAGGAGGAGGAGGCACAGCGCAAAGCUGAUGGGACUAAGGCUGAAGAAGAAAAAUUGGAAGAAGAAAAAUCCGAUUUUGUGUUUGUAGCCUUUGCCCGUGUUUUCAGUGGAACCCUAAGGAAAGGCAUGAAAUUGUAUAAUCUGGCACCAAAACAUGAUCCCAGAAAUGAAGACUCCAUUUCCUUGGCCUCCCCCCAUAUUAGUGAAGUUACUGUUGGCGAUUUGUAUCUUUUUAUGGGUGGUGAAUUGCAAGCCCUGGAUGAAGUACCCGCCGGAAACAUAGUUGGCAUUGGUGGUCUGGAUAAAGACAUUUUAAAAUCGGGCACCUUAAGCAGCACCAUGUAUUGCACUUCCUUUAGUGAAAUGAGCAUUAUGGCUACACCCAUAUUCCGAGUGGCAAUUGAGCCCGUCAAUCCCUUAGACACAGGGAAAUUAAUCAAGGGUCUGAAACUACUUAACCAAGCUGAUGCUUGUGUCCAAGUUUCGGUCGAACCCACGGGGGAACAUGUUAUCGCUACCCUGGGAGAAGUUCAUGUUGAGAAAUGUGUCCAUGACCUGCAGGAAAACUAUGCAAAAAUUAAAGUGAAUGUCUCCAAACCCAUAGUAUCAUUCCGAGAAACAGUGGUACCCGAGGCCACAGUGGAUAUGGUAAACGAGGCCAUUGUCAAGACAUCGGAAGACAAGGAUAUUGCCAAGAAAAUUGCCACCAUACAAACCCUUAAUAAAUUAUCCAAUAUACGCGUCAUUGCUUUGCCUUUGCCCCAAGCUGUGGUUGAUAUCUUGGAGAAAUAUCAAACAUUCUUCAAGGAAUUAUCCCUAAGCUCUGCCUCAAAAUCUUCGAAUUCUUCGGAAAAAUUUAGAAAUUUGCAACAACAAAUUAAGUCACAACUGGUAGCAGCCUUGAAGGAAUUCGAUGCUCAAGGCUUGACAAAUUUACCAGCUGCACAGCUGGUGGAUCGUAUAUGGUCCUUGGGACCUCGCCAUUGUGGUCCAAAUAUUCUGCUUAAUCUGACAGACUAUGAACAUCCUCGCAUUUGGUGGGACUUGCCUAAAACUAAUGAGGAAACGGUGGACGAUGUUCGUCGUGAUUACAACAGCUCAUUUGUAAAUGGUUUUCAAUUGACCACCUCCGCAGGACCUUUGUGUGAAGAACCUAUGCAGGGUGUUUGCUUUAUGGUUCUUGAAUGGUCAGUGGAUACCAGCGAAGAUUUGAAUUCGAAGGCUUAUGGACCUUUUUCAGGUCAAGUUUUAACUGCCUCCAAGGAGAUAUGUCGUCAAGCGUUCCAGAAUCAACCUCAACGUUUAGUCAGCCCCAUGUACAGCUGUAACAUUGUGGUGAAUGCUGAAGUAUUAGGUAAAAUGUAUGCUGUUAUUGGCAGACGUCAUGGCAAGAUUCUGUCUGGUGAUCUUACCCAAGGUUCGGGUAACUUUUCCGUUGUGGCCAUACUACCGGUAAUUGAGUCAUUUAACUUUGCCCAAGAGAUACGCAAACAAACAUCAGGGCUGGCUUGUCCCCAACUAAUGUUCAGUCACUGGGAGGUAAUUGACAUCGAUCCCUUCUGGGUUCCCACAACGGAGGAGGAAUUUACGCAUUAUGGUGAAAAGGCAGAUUCAGCUAAUCGUGCUAAACUUUACAUGGACAGCGUACGACGCCGCAAGGGUUUAUAUGUGGAUGAAAAAGUAGUCGAACAUGCUGAAAAACAGCGAACUCUAAGCAAAAAGAAAUAGAAAUGCAUUCAACUCAGAAAUUGCAUAUGAAGGAAAAUUAAAUCAGCAGUAUAAUAGAUAAUAUGAAAAAAAAAAACAUACAUCCGAUAUUGGUUUGAAAGCUUAAAUUGAAGACUUUUUCAAUUUGUAUGAAAUUUAAUUGGCAUAUUGCAUAUUGCUGCCUUAAUUGAAUAUAUUUGCUUUCAAAUAACUAAUAUUAGACUAUUGCUUUUAAAUUGUUGUUGAUUUAGUUGUUGGCAUGUGAACUAACUUAAAUAAAUGAAGCCAGCAUUCAACUAAUGCAUAUUUUAUUUGUUGAAAAGAAUUAUUGUCCAAAUUGUAAUUUAUUUGAAAAGUUCUUCGG